AUGUUUAAGUUCCGAGGCCCAUCCACAGUGGGAGAUCGUCUGGUCUUCAAUGCCGUCGUCAACAAUACCUUUCAGACCUGUGCCGAAGUGGGAGUGCGCGUGGAGGCCUUUGACUGCCAGGAGUGGUCUGAGGGCCUGGGCCGUCACAUCAACAGUGCUUUUCUCAUUUAUAACGCUGUCAAUGAUAAGGAAGAACUGGUCACAUUUCCCAAAAUCAAACCCAUGUCCAAGGAUGAUUUUAGACGUUAUUGUGGAGCUAUUGCACGCAAGAGAAUUCGUCUGGGCAGAAAAUAUGUCAUUUCCCACAAACAAGAGAUUCCACUUUCCAUACACUGGGAUAUUCGCAACCAGGUAUCCCUGAGUGAUAACAAUGUGGAGGCUUUCAAAAAGCUGGUGGCCAAAAGUGGUUGGGAGAUCACCAGUGCUGUGGAAAAGAUAAAAAUAUAUACUCUGGAAGAAGAAGAUAUUUUAUCUAUUUGGGUUGAAAAGCAUGUGGAAAAACCGGCACACUUGGCUUAUCAUCUAUUGUCUGACUUUACCAAGCGACCUUUGUGGGACCCCCAUUACAUGUCCUGUGAAGUCAUAGACUGGGUGAGUGAAGAUGACCAAAUAUAUUAUAUCACCUGUCCUAUAGCAAAUGGUGACAAACCCAAAGACUUGGUCGUACUUGUGUCACGAAGAUCUCUUAAAGAUAGUAACACUUACACCGUGGCAGUGAAGUCGGUCAUUCUGCCAUCGGUCCCACCUUCUCCACAGUAUGUCAGAAGUGAAAUCACCUGUGCUGGCUUUCUCAUCCAUGCUAUUGACAGCCGUUCAUGCACUGUAUCUUAUUUUAACCAGAUUUCUGCUAGCAUCUUGCCUUACUUUGCUGGAAAUCUUGGUGGCUGGUCAAAAUCCAUUGAAGAGACAGCAGGUUCCUGUAUACAAUUCAUAGAGAAUGCUACUGAUGAUGAGUCAAUAAGCAUAUUUUAA